AAAAAAAAAGCAAGCAGAAAAAGACGAAAGCGAAAACCAGUUGGGAAGUUUUUUCUCUUGACGGAGCCAGGAUAUAUCGUAACUCCGAACAAUUUCACCCGUGAAACAACAAAAACAACAGCAGUUAUUAUUAUAACGAUAACGAGUUUUAUCACAACUCAAUAUAUUUAACUUUUCGUUAUUUAAUUAAUAUACAUUAUAAUUAUAAAAACAAAACAAAAUGGGUGAAGUUGCUAGAGUACAAUUAAGACGGAUGGAUACCACACAGCCCUGGGGGUUCAAAAUGCAGGGAGGAACCGAUGUCGGUGUUCCUCUUCAUGUUGCUCAGGUGAAUCCAAAAGGCCUUUCUGCCAAGUGUGGUCUGAGACCAGGGGACGGAAUUUUGGAGAUCUGUAAUGAAAAUGCUACACAAUGGAGUCACGAUACGGCUAAGGCGGCUAUGGUCAGAGCUGGCAACGAGAUCGACUUUGUUGUCCAGCGAAAUGCAGUGACCCCUAAACCACGCAAACCUAAAGGGGAAGCUCAUGGUGCUAGUCCACGGUCAGAAUUAUGUGAAGACAGCAUUAACCCCGGUAUGAAUCAGGGAUCAAAAUUCAGAGAUGUCAAGCCCAAAACUUAUCAGGUUAUGAAGGACGAAGAGGAAAGUGGAGGAGGAGCCCCACCUGCUUCCAUAUUUGGUCGAAAGAAAGAAGAUCGCUCAAAAUACCUGAAAGAAGACAAGAAAACUAUCCAAAAGGCAUUUGGUCAGUCUUAGAGGCGACGUUAUUGGGUGAAUAUUGUGGCAAUAUUGCAAUGGCAAAGCUUCUCUUCAAAUCUUCUUUUGUACACGGACUCUCAUUUAAAUAUCUGUAUACUAAUGAAUAAUUUAUUAAGCAAUGUCCAUUAAAAACAAAACAGAACAAAACGAAACGAAACAAA